AUGGCGCUCGCUCGUCCGCUGCCUCCGCUGUGGCAGACACUGCUGCCCGCCGUCAAUGGCCCCGUCCGACCCGUCCUGAACCUGCCGUUCCUGCAGCGCCUCGCGCAGCCAUUCCGGACAUUGCCCGCACCGCUCGCUGCCUUUGCGAUACCGGCCAUACAAUUCCCGUCCUUUCCGUCCCUGGGAGAUAUUUGGGAGGGCAUACUCAAGGCCGUGCCGAAGAAGAAGACGUCAUAUCGGAAGAAGCGACAACGGUUCAUGGCGGGCAAGGGACUCAAAGACAUUAUUGCACUGGGCAGAUGCUCCGCAUGUGGGCGCGUGAAGCGGAGCCACAUACUAUGUCCAUACUGCGUUGAUGCUAUCAGGACGAACUUCUUUGGCCAGCUCAACUGGGCAAUUCGCCGACCAACAACAAAGCAGUCCAAGCAAAUGAAACGAGAGCGUCGCGACACAGAGUUGCGAAAGCGGACGGUGGAACCAGAUCCAAGGCAGGAGAAAGCAGAGCAGAUCCUCAAGCACACCGGAUGGAAGGGUUGA